UAUAUAUUCUUUGGGUUUGAUGAUUUCACUAAUCUGUGGUUUGAUAAUUGAUUAUAAAAUUAAGCAAAUUUUUCAAAUUUAUAACCAAAUCAAUUCCAUAUUUUUACGAUUUUCUCAUAAUUACAUUAAUUACUAUCUUGAUCUUGUAUAAUUUCCAAUAAUAAGAUUUUCUUCAAUCAUUGACUUAAAAAGGCAUUCAUAUUUUUAAAUUAUAUAAUAUUAGAGCAAAACUCGCACUAAAUAUAGAAAUUUAAAUAGUUUCUUAACUGGCAGUGAACUUUAAUAAAAAUGUACAAUUUAGGAUUUAUUGGUGGCGGCAAUAUGUCCACUGCUAUUGCCAGAGGAAUCGUUGAAAACGAUGCACACCCCGUUUCGAAAAUCUGGGUGUCAGGACCCAAUUUGAAGAAUUUGAAACACUGGAGUGAAUGGGGUACUAAUGUUACUACUCAAAACAGUGAAGUAUUCUGCAAUUGUGACAUCAUAUUUUUAGGUGUAAAGCCUGGAAUGUUAUCAACUGCUGUUAAAGAAUGCCAGUCUGAUUUAACAAAAAAUUUAUCCCUUAAGAAUGUGUUGUUUAUUUCUAUGCUAGCUGGAAUUACUAUUGAUCGAUUACAGAAGGAAUUAGCAGUGUUAUCACAAAAUGUGGGUGUCAUACGCAUAAUGCCUAAUACUCCAAUGAGUGUCGGUGCAGGCGCAUGUUUGUACACACCUGGUCAAGGGGUUACUUUAGCACAAUGUGAAAUAUUAGAAAAACUAAUAAAUAACUGUGGUAUUAGUGAAAAAGUGCCAGAAUCCUUAAUAGAUCCUCUUGGUGCCUUGACUGCUUGUGGUCCUGCUUUUAUGUACAUAGCAAUAGAAGCACUGGCAGAUGGAGCGGUAAAACAAGGUGUACCAAGAGCAAUAGCAAUACGUUUAGCUGCCCAAAUGGUGGCUGGCAGCGGUAAAAUGGUGGUACAGUCUGGGAAGCACCCUGGCCUGCUCAAAGAUGAAGUAUGCUCCCCUGGUGGUUCUACUAUAUGUGGAGUUACCGCUCUAGAGGAUGGCAAGUUAAGGGCAACAUUAAUCAAUGCUAUUGAAGCUGCAACACUUAGAACCAAGGAGAUUGGAAAGAAUUAAGAAGUAUUAACAACAACACAUUUACUGCAUCUAUGUUUCCUAGCUAUUAGUAAUUUUAUUAUAGAUAUAUUUGUGUUUAACAGGCUGUAAUAAUUUUAUUUAUUCAUGUAAACAUGAUUUUAAUAUAGUUGAACUAUAAAUUGAAUGUAAAAAUUAUAAUUAAAAUUAUUGAUGUCAUAUUUUACAGCAGUCAGAUUUAAUAAAA